CGACACGGUGAGAAGUGAAGCAGCAACAAAGUCUUCGCCUUCAGUUGAGAUCUAAAUCGUGUGAAACAUGCUGCUCUCUCUGUUUCUCUCCCUCUUCGUAUCUUCUGUCACCGCCGCUGGGAAAGAUGCUGCCCUUCCCAAGCUUGAUGACAAAGAAGCUGUGGAGUCCUUCAUCAACUCUGCUGAAGUCGUAGUCAUCGGAUUCCUGGAGGGUGAAGACAGUCAUGGCUACGCAGAACUCGUGGAAGCUAUAAAGCGAUCUGAAACGGUUCCUGCAGCCGUCUGCACCGUGAAGGAGGUCUGGCCCGACUACAGCGUCUCCUCAGAGAGCAUCACACUCUUCAGAAAGGCCGAUAACCAUCAGGAGAACCUCCUUCUUUCAGAAGCUAAGAAGGUAGAAGCUGAUGGACUCCUGAAGUUCAUAAACACCAAUGAGAUCCGAUACAUCACAGAGUACAACCAAGUGACGGCAGUGGGCCUUUUCAACUCAGAGGUCGCGACACACCUCCUGCUCUUUGCCAACAGAGGGAGUAAAGAAUUUACCGAGCUCAAGGAGCGACUGGCAGCUCUGGCUCCAGAGUUCACGGGGAAGUUCUUGUUCGUGCUGAUAAACGGAGCCGUGAAGGCUAACAUAAAGUCGCUGAGCUACUUCGGCCUCCAGUCAAAGGACCUCCCGCGGGUCGGCAUCUACGAUGGCGGGUCCGAUAUGAAGUGGCUUCUGCCUGAAGGAGAGAUUUCCACGGAGCGAGUGCGGGAGUUCUGUCAGUCCUUCCUACGAGGAGAGCUGAAGGAGGUGACACAGGCGGGAGAAAAGCCCAAAACGGAGUUGUGAGAAUAAAAAGAAGACACAUUGUACUUUUAUUAAAAAUAAAUACCUUUUAAAAGAAGAAGAA